GCGCAGUGGCUUGUCAGAGUCGGAGGGAAGAGAGAAGCCGACAGACACAACACAGAGGCCGGGGGAACCGUCGUCCAGCUUUGAUGAGAUAGUCACCGAACAAAAGGACAACAAAAAAAACAGAAAUAAAUUGACUUUAAACACCUUGACAGGUAUGGUCCUGAGUGUGACGUGGCGGUCAGUGCGGGGACACGUAUCCCGCAGAGAGGCGCUCUGAUUCGGAAUCGGGGAAAUGCCCGCGGGCUGCAAGGCUGCAGACGGAAUCUCUCGGUGGAAAUGUGGCCGUGGAUCUGGUGCAUGCUGCUGGUCGCCCAGUCUGGGGAGGUCCGCACCCAAACAGAAAACCAGGUGGUGUUCCAGCUGGGAAGCUUCCAGAACGUGAGCGUCUCCCACAAUGAGACGGUGCAGGCCACGGUGUCGGGCAUCCCGGACACGGUGGCCUUCGUCACUCUGCAGUUCCACACCCAGCACCGCAGCACCGCCCUAUCCUUCACCCGGGUCCCAGGGGCCGCUCUCUCCGCCCCAGACACCGGGCUCCUGUCGACCCUGGCCCCCGGCCAGACCUCCCUCUCCCUGUUCCUCACCACCUCGGACCGGGACCCCGUGGCGGGCACGGGGGUCACCCUGCCCUACACCAGCGCCGACCCGGUCCCGGGGGCCUGCAACGGGGUCUUCGGACUGGGGACGGACCCCAACCUCUACCUGACCUACAACCUCUACGAGACCACCCUGCGCUUUGCCCCCGCCAGCGUGGGCUAUGCCAGAGGCGCGACCCCCCCGCCGUGCAACGUCUCCACGGAGACGGCCGUGCGGCGCCGGCUCCUGUACGACGUGUACCGGUACCUCCUCCCGGCAGGGGACCUCUCAGAGGGCGGCCUCUUCAGCGGCCUGCAGAAGGUGGCCUCUGCCCAGAGCCUGGGGGCCAACCCCGGCCUGGGGGCCAACUCAAGCCUGGGGACCGACGUCCGCCUGGUCACGACCCUGUCCUGGGAGAACGACACGGUUGCCGUGGUGAGCUCGGUGCUUGGCCGGGGGGCCGUCUACGCCGUGGUGGUCCGCGACCCGGAGAGGAACACCGCCGCCUCCUACGUCCCCGUCCACACCUACGCCUGCAGCUUCGACUCCGCCCUGGAAGGCUGCCUCACCCUGGGUCAGAUCUCCACCAAAGUCUUCUUCACUCUCUCCGGCCUGGCGGGUUUAUUCGUCUGCUUCUUCGGCCACCGUUUCUUCAAAUGUGAGCUCUUCUGCAUGGGCUUCGCCUUCGUCUGCUUCCUCUUCUUCGUCCUCAUCACCUGGACCACCACGCUGGACUACGAUUUGCGUCUGGCCCUGGCGGCGGUGCUGGGCGUGGUGGGCGGGGCCGUGCUGGUCACCUGCUGGUGGCGCUUCGGCUCCGUCAUGGCGUGCGUCGCCGUGGUCGGCCUCAUCCUCGGCUUCUUCGUGGCCUCCACCGUCUUCUUCACUCCCUUCGGGGAGCUGGAGGUGUUCCAGGGCUCGGAGGUGGCCUUCUGGGUGACGUACUGCUGCCUGGUCCUGGCCGUGUCCCUGGUGAUGGUCCGCUGGCCCAGAGAGGGUAACAUCAUCACGUGUGGCGUGGUGGGGGGGUACUGCGUGGUGCUGGCGGUCAACGUCUACGUCUCCACCUCGCUGUCCUACAUCACGCUCAACGUCCUCAAGCGCUUCCUCAACCCCGACUUCGACCCCGCCUUCACCGACGUCUCGUUCCACGACAUCGACUUCGUGCUGAUCACGCUGUGGGUGGUGCUGGGGGCCUCGGGGGUGGUGCUCCAGCUGUACCGGGAGCGCUCCAGGCCCUUCUUCCCGCCCAGCCCCUACCUCAUGUGGCUGCAGGAGCGGGAGCGCCGGAAGACCAACGUCCUGGACCCCAGCCACCACGGGGCCACGCCCGCCGGCCGCCUGCUGGCCCGCCUCCGCCAGCUCACACGCCGCCGCGAGCCCAACGGGGAGCACACGCCCCUCCUCCUCUGA